AUGCAAGACACUGAUACCAGGGGGAGCUCCCCUGCUUUCCUCCGGCCUCAGAAUGGGAGCAGUCACAGGUCUUCGGGGUACGUCCCAGGGAGAAUUGCUCCUCUCCGUCCCCCACCACCCUCACAGAGCCAUGCUGCAGCUGAAUUUACCUCUGCAAGACAAGAAGCCCGGGCAAGAAUCCCACCCUUACCAGUCAAUCAGCACCACCGCCAGGCGGAAGCCAACAGGCAUAAAAAUACUCUCAUUUGCUUUGCUGUUUCUAGCCUUUCACUUUUUGUUGCACUGGGGAUUUUUUUGGGAAUAGCUUCAAAAUAUGCUCCAGAUGAGAACUGUCCCGAUCAAAAUCCUCGUCUUAAAAACUGGAGCCCUGGAAAAGAUCCUGAAAAGAGAGUUUUUAUCAAAAAAGGGGAUAUGUUUCGUCUGAACUCAGACGCUACAGUACACUCUAUAGUUAUACAGGAUGGAGGGUUACUUGUAUUUGGUGAUGAUAAAGAAGGUUCUAAAAAUAUUACCUUGAGAACUCGAUUUAUCCUGAUAAAGGAUGGUGGAAUGCUUCAUGUUGGAGCAGAGAAAUGCCGCUAUAAAUCCAAAGCAACUAUUAUUUUGUAUGGGAAGUCAAAAAAAGGUGCUGAUGUGCCAGAAUUUGGCCAAAAAUUUAUUGGUGUGGGCCCUGAAGGAACACUGGAGUUACAUGGGCACCAGAAGUUAUCAUGGACUCUUCUAUCAAAGACUGUGUAUUUCUCAGGGCUGGCCUAUGGUCAUUAUUCAUUUAAAAAGAAUUUUUCCCGAGGACUAAAUGUGAGAGUGAUUGAUCAGGACACGGCAGAGGUUUUGGAAGUGCUGAAGUUUGAUACUCAUGAAUUUUCAGAAGACAGCUUGAAGCUCCAGAAUUUACUAAAAAAUGGAAGUCCUGGUCGCAUUGUUGCUAUUGCUGUAGGAGAUUCAGCUGCUAAAAAUCUACUGGAGGAAACCAGAGUGACUAUUCAAAAUCUUCUGGGAAGUAAGUUUGUCAGAGGAUUGAGUUACAGGCAAGCCUGGGCUUUUGUUGGUGUCAUAGGUGGUGGAAAUUCUUCUUGUAAUGAAUCAGUGAGAAACUAUGAAAAUCACAGCACCGGUGGGAAAGCUCUUGCUCAGAAAGAAUUUUUCACUGUGGAUGGGCAGAAGUUUGUUGUGAGAGCUUACAGUGAAUGGAACGAUGGUGUCCCAAUUUCAGGCUUCCAGGUGGAAGCUGUAGGUGGAGUGAUUCUGAAUCUCCUGGAUGAUGUUAGUGGUUGGGAGCCUGGAGACCGGAUUGUGGUUGCAAGCACAGACUAUUCAAUGUAUCAGACAGAGGAAUUCACCCUUCUUCCCUGCCCCGAGUGUACCAGAUAUCAGGUCAAAGUCAAAGAAAAUCCUCAGUUUCCUCAUGUAGGAGAAGUUAUUGAUGGAGUGGACAUGAGGGCAGAAGUCGGAGUUCUUACAAGAAACAUCUUAAUCAAGGGAGAGACAGCAGAUGCCUGCUAUCGUGAAAAGGAGUGCCAGUUCUUCAAUUAUGAUACAUAUGGUGGACAUAUCAAGAUUUUGAAGAAUUUUACAUCUGUUCAUCUCUCCUAUGUGGAAUUGAAGCAAAUGGGCCAGCAGCAGAUUGGAAGUUACCCUGUUCACUUUCACCUUUGUGGGGAUGUGGAUGAAAAAGGAGGUUAUAGUUUUAAGACUUACCUAGAAGGUCUUUCCAUUCACCACUGUUUUUCCAGAUGUGUGACUAUUCAUGCGACUAAUGGCUUGCUGAUAAAGGACACCAUUGGCUAUGACACACUAGGUCACUGUUUCUUCACAGAAGAUGGCAUUGAGCAGAGGAAUACUUUAUUCCACAACCUUGGGCUAGUCACGAAACCAGGCACUCUUCUUCCUACAGAUAGAAACAGCAGCAUGUGUACUAGUAUUAGGGAUAAAGUUUAUGGCAGUUAUAUCCCAGUGCCAGGCACAGACUGCAUGGCAGUUUCGACAUUCUGGAUUUCUCAUCCCAACAAUCAUCUUAUAAAUAAUGCAGCAGCAGGAUCACAGGAUGCUGGAAUAUGGUAUUUGUUCCACAGGAUUGCUACAGGAGAUUCUCAUAGUUUGGCCACUGAAACCAAGUCAGAGCUUACACCCCUAGGAAUCUUCUAUAACAACAGGGUUCACUCUAAUUUUAAGGCUGGUUUGUUCAUUGAUAAAGGUGUUAAAACAACUAAUGCUAGUGCUGAUGAUCCCAGAGAAUAUCUUUGUUUGGAUAACAAUGCAAGGUUUCGACCUCAUCAAGAUGCAGACCCUGAAAAGCCCCGAGUUGCUGCCCUGAUUGACAGAUUAAUCUCUUUCAAAAACAAUGAUCAUGGGGCCUGGGUCAGGGGAGGGGAUAUCCUCAUUCAAAACUCUGGGUUUGCAGACAAUGGAAUAGGUUUGACAUUUGCUAGUGAUGGGAGCUUCCCAAAUGAUGAAGGUGCCAGUCAAGAGGUAUCUGAUUCACUGUUCAUUGGUGAGAGCAAGAAUUAUGGGUUUUCAGGCGGCCAAAAUAAAUAUGCAGGAACUGGCGGGAUAGACAACAAGGCACGCACGCUGCCUAGAAAUCGGACAUUUCCCAUCAGAGGAUUUCAAAUUUAUGAUGGACCUAUUCACCUUACCAAGUGCACAUUCAAAAACUUUGUGCCAACUCCAGACAGAUUUACCAGUGCAGUUGGAUUCUUAAUGAAAAAUCCAUGGCAGAUGACACCAAAAAACAACAUUUCUCUUGUGAAGUUUGGUCCAAAUGUUUCUUUGAAAGCCUUCUUUGGAAAACCUGGUCCGUGGUUUGAAGAAGGAGAUCUGGAUGGUGACAAGAACUCAAUAUUCCAUGAUCUAGAUGGUUCAGUGACUGACUACAAGAAUACCUAUGUGGGCAGAAUGGAUAACUACUUGAUUCAACACCCCAAAUGCAUUAAUAUUACAGAAUGGAGUGGAGUGGUUUGCAGUGGGACCUAUGCACAGGUUUAUGUCCAAACAUGGAAUGGACAGAAUCUGUCCAUGACUAUUGUACGAGAUGAGUACCCAGCCAACCCCAUGGUUCUCCGAGGUAUUAAUCAGAGAGCUGUCUUUCAACAGUACCAGCCAGUAGUGAUGCUUCAAAAGGGCUACACAAUACAUUGGAAUGGAAAAGCUCCAAAUGUCACCUAUCUUUAUCUCAUUAACUUCAACAAGAAUGACUGGAUUCGUGUUGGUCUUUGUUAUCAACCAAACACAGAUUUUGUUAUAGUAUUAGAAACCUUCCAGAGGCGGUCAUCUGCUCUGUCAAGCAAAGUAGAGCGCUACAUGCCUGCAUCUUCAAUGGUGGAGCUCGAAAAGAAUCGAUCAGACAAGAAGUUCUAUUUCGAUAGCAGUACUGGAUUACUGUUUUUAUUUCUUCAAGCCAAAUACAAUAGGGAUGGUCACAGUUAUUGCUCAUCUCAGGGAUGUGAAAGAAUCAAGAUUGUGACCAAAGAUUCAGCAAAAGGGAUCAGUAACUGCAUGGCAAAAGCUUACCCAAAGUACUACCAAGCACCAACCGUCAUAACACAGAUGCCAGUAAAAACUACUGUACCAUGUAUGAAAUGCGGCACAACUCAGAUGGUAUUCACCAGUGAUCUUCACAGAAACUACCUCCUUGUGCAGAUUAAUUCAUCUGGUAAAAAACAGUUAAGCAGAGGUCAGCAAGCAUUUAUUUCUGUCAACGACACUAUGUUUUCCUUCAAGGAUAAUGGUAUACUUAUCGUUAUAGUCGAUGCCUGCACUGGAACAGUGUUGGGAAACAAAUUAUUUUCUGGAGUAGACAUUAAGCGUAUAGAUGAUUAUUUAAAAUCUGGAAUUCCACAAAGGUCUAUUGUUCUACUGAGCACAAAAGGUGAUGUAGCAAUUCCUCAUGAUUUAUCAGAAGCCUUAAUGUCCCUGGGGACAGCCAAACCACCUUAUCUGCAGAGCAAUGGAAGCGUGGCCUUUCUGGGCUUCAGAGGAAACUUUAAGCCAUCCUGGAUUAAGCUGUUUACUGGUCCUGCUGAGCAUGGGCUUGUUCAGAUAGAAAAGUAUAUCCCUUUACAACUGGAAGAGUAUGGCUGUGCCAGAGCAAUCAGAAGUCGGCGGAAAGACAUCGAGCUUCUAAAGAAGGCUACACGAUCUCAUUAAAGACUAAGAUGUACAUAAAAGCUGGGGGAAAAAUGUGAACUAACUUAUUUUUUAAUUUAUGGCAUUUUAAACUAUGUUGUUAUCCAAGUAAUUCAUGUUAUUGUCUGACAGAUGUUUGCCAGCAUUGACUGCUUGAAUGCCAAUCUGCGCACCUUCUAGUUGUACAAAAUAUUAAAGAAUUUAUUAGUAUUUGUAUAAACAGGUUUCAGAGAUUUUUCAGAUGUUUUUAUUUACUGUAAGGUUCUUCUGUUUAAUACUCCUUUUGUAUGUAAGAGGGUGUUUAUAAAAGCCUUAAAUUUUUGAUAACAAGAAUUGGAGUGCAUCUUGGAUUACUUGAAAGAUUAACAUUAAAGUUUCCAUAAACAGCUUGAAUUGGUCAUUGUAACUUACACAUUUUCACUUAGCUGCUUAGGUAUUUUCCUGAGGGUUUAUUUAGCAAUCAGCUCAGUUACAUUCUCAGUCUGCUUUCCAAGGUGUUAAAAAACAAUUUCCCCCCUGCAUGCAGCUAACUCAAGGGGUUUAACUGCAGUAAGAUUUUUGCUUUGCUGUGUGAAAGAUGAAGAGUGUGUAUUCAAAUACCUAGCCCAGGGCUGAGUGAGGAUUAUGUACCAUGCAACAAAGUUUAACAUUGCUGUGUGUACCGUCAUGGCACACAGAGCAGAAAAUUACUACCAUUGUUAAUUACCACCUCUUUACUGUUCACCUCUAAAUAUACAGGUGCCUGUGAGAGUCUCUUCACUAAACAGUACGGGUGUUAAAGCUGCAGUCUUGGGUGCAGCUUGACUGCAGCUCACACUUUUAAAACUUCUAGCCAGGAGGACAAAGCUGAGAUACGGUUGUUGGCAAUUUAUUAUGAAACCAGGCUUUUACUGUUGCAGUCAUAUUUCCUUCCUCACCUCUGCCCCCAUCCAAAGGCUAUCACAGCUUUACCUUAUAAGUGAAUAAGAAGUGCUCACAGUUCAUUCAGGCAUGUUAUAUGCUUUGCCUUAACUUCAGUUCUUCUAAUAUAAUCAUGUUGCUAGUUCCUGUUGACUUUUUAUAUUAGGUCCAUUUCAUUUCCUUCAGUUUUGUUGCAAUUAUUUGACCCUUUUUACAGAUAGUGUGAAAAUCAUUUCACUGAAAACUGAGGCACAGCUGCCAUUUUUAAGGGUCCUGUCUUUGAAAUUAUAUUUCAGAGACUGUAAAGAUGCAUUUCACAGUAGGAGACACUAGGUGCCAUUGAGCUAAAAUGUAACCAUAGUUCUAAUAAAACUGACAUAGUUUCUGCUUGUAUAUGUUCUCAUUCAUUCUAGCUGGUAUAAUGUAUCUACCAUUCAGAGAUGCUUUGUGCUUUGAAUUCAGAAUGGAAUGGCUACUGGAAAUACACCCAUCUUCUCCAAAGAAAUUGAAAAGCUGUGGGGAUUUUUUUUCUCUUUGUGUGUGUGUGUUUUAAAGGAGAGGAGGCACAGUAGCAAACCUAUUAUUCUGUUCAACUGAAAUAUGCUACCUCAGUGCUACAAUUAAGCUGCCAAGUGAGAAGGGAGGGAAAGGAAACACAAUGUAAGAGAUGAACAAGUAGAUGACAGAUGUAGUUUUUAUUGUAAAACCAAGCCAAAUGGAUGAUUGUGUAUAUUAUGCAGUUAUUUUGAUGCACAGGUCUUUUAUAAUGUUUAAAUAAAAAAAGGGUGUUUUGUUAGGGCAAAUGUGGUAAGUCUUUAAAGACUAGCUAUAAUGUUUGAUGUUACUAAUGCAGGUCAAUGUGAUUGAAAUGUUCUGAGUGCAGUAGCAAUAGUGUUUGGGGAUUAAAAUGGUUGUAAGACUUCCACUGUUCUGUGGGUCAUGUUCAGCAGAGAAAUGCCGAUGAGGUAGUGACCUUCAGGCUUGUGAAGUUUGCCAUUAUUUAUGAGAUUCUGCUGUUCUAAGCCAUCUUGUAAAAAUUGUACUUGGAAGUGUCAAGGGUAUUCUGAGGUAGGGCUUACGGAUGGGCAGUUGGACCUGAAGUGUUGUCUUUUGUGUAAAUUUGAACACUUGAUAAAUAGCAUAAAUAAAUUUUUACA